GGCAGUAACGGCGAUGGAUUGGUCCCAACAUCUUAUCCCUGGCUCAUCAGAGGCAUUUUACAUUUCAGAUUUUAUCACUGCAGAUGAAGAGCAACAUCUAUUACGCAAGAUCAACGAGACCCCAAAACAAAAAUGGAAAAUCCUAGCAAAUCGGCGGUUACAACUAUGGGGGGGCGAAGUCCUGCAAAACGUUCUAAUUCGUCAGGAGAUGCCGUCAUUUCUGAACAAAUACCCCGAUGUUAUAGGACGUCUUAAGGCCACAGGAGCUUUUGCUUCUUCCGCUCAUAAAAGCCCCAAUCACGUUAUUCUCAACGAGUACUUACCAGGCCAGGGUAUCAUGCCUCAUCAAGAUGGGCCAUCAUAUCAUCCAGUCGUAGCGACCAUCUCUCUUGGAUCUCACACCGUUUUUCACUAUUAUCGUUACAACAGCGACGAUAGUCUCAGUAGUGCCGACACUACAACUUCUCCAGCAAAGGGGGGACAGGUUAUUGACUCGACCCCUAUUUUGUCAGUGUUUUUGGAACCUCGUAGCGCCAUCAUCACCACCGGAUCUUUAUACACACAGCACUUGCACGGUAUCGAAGAGACUCGAUUCGACACGUUUUCCGCGGAUGGUGUUGUAUCCCUUACUAACUCACCCUGUAAGAUCCCUAUAGCCAAUUGGAAAAUGGUCAGAGAUGAACAAGCGUGUAUGACACUCCACGAGGGAGGUACACUCGGGCGCAGAGCGCGGUAUAGUUUGACGUGUCGAGAUGUUGAAAAAGUGGCUAGCGGACAUCCGCUUCAUAAAAAGCGAGUGUGAGAUACAUGGAUAGCAUAGCAGCAGCCAAAGCAGAUGGCGAAAUCUAGUUUACACCUAAUCGCAGCCCUGUCCACGGUGAUGGAAAACAUGUAGGACACACAGUAAACCCCAGAAAUUUGGGUGUCAAUUACUGGGUUGAAUU